AAGGAAUAGGAUUAAAGUCAAAGCCCCGUGCCCUGUGCCCCUCCCGGUUUUAAUUUCUAGCCCUGGACUUGAGCGGCGGUCGCGAGCUUUGGGCCUUGUAACCUUGUUGAGCCAUCGGCCUGGUGAAAACCGAGGCGGGGCCCGGGGCGGUGGCCGGAAAGAAAGGAAGGAAGGAGCCCUGAAGAACUCAUACUAGGCCCCGAGGCCAGAGGGUCUUGCGCGGGCCUCCCAGCCCCUGGAGCCGCGCGCGGUCUCUUCCGCGGGACUGCCUUCUCCCGAGCCGAUCUCGCCUUCCACGGAGGCUGCCUCGUGUUUUUUGGUUUUUUUUUUGGGUUUUUUUCGCAGCUCGGGUUUGGGGAGUGCGACAAAGCUCACCGAGCUCAGCGUGAGGGCCUCCGAGGUCGGGGCACGGCGCUGGGUGGCCUGCUGCAUUCUCCUGUGUGUCGCGAUUCCUGGCUGAGGACCGUAGGGCUGUAGGGCUGGGGCGGAGGGGGCGCGUGUGCGCGGGGUCGGAACCGAACCCGCGGCACAACCAGGCCCUCAAGCCUCUCGACUCAGGGACAGCCGGCUGCUCCUCGGUGGGGCGCUCGCUGGAGGUGCAGCGGCAACGCUGGGAGCCAGCUUCCCGGGCUCCCUGGGAUCCAAAGCGGGCAGAUCUCGGGGCCCCACAAUAGGCGGUGCCCUCUGGGAAGCCUGUCCGUGCCCAGCGCGCUCGGACAGGGGCCGGUGGUGGCUCCCUUUGGGACGGAUGCUGCGUUGAAUUUGACUUUUUCGCGGCCGGCCCGGGGGUAAACUCGCAUCUCCGGGGACGGCAGGAAUUAUUUACAGGGAGCUCGCCAACCCAACCCAACAGUCUAAUUUAACCUUUCCCAGUCCUCGUAAAUUUUUACAGCCGGGAACCACGGCGAAGCAAACGAAUCUGUUGGUCGUUCCCGACUUCCCACCAGCCUGUGUGGCUUCUGAAACAAUCACUCCUUAUGAAAUAUCAUAAAUAUAGAUUUAAAUACAGUAGAGCGAGAAUGCGAUUUGGCUGCUUUUUUAUGGCUUCAAUUAUUGUCUAAUUUUAUGUGAGGGGCUCCACCGGCCGCACUCGCACGCGGGACCCGCGCCUCGCUGAUGGCGUGAUUAAUUGUGAUAUAAAAUAGUCCGCUUAAGAAGUGUGUGUCUGGUGGCGGCGGUGGGAGGGGAGGGAGUCCAGAGGCAAGGCCAGAUUUGAUCUUUUAAUCUUCGUUGGCCACAAUUAAAACAAACCCGAUCGUGGAGCGCCGCGAUCCCUUUGCAUAAAAACAUAUGGCUUUUGCUAUAAAAAUUAUGACUGCAAAACACCGGGCCAUUAAUAGCGUGCGGAGUGAUUUACGCGUUAUUGUUCUGCCGGGCGGGCACGUGACGCGCGCGGCCAAUGGGGGCGCGGGCGCCGGCAACUUAUUAGGUGACUGUACUUCCCCCCCCCCUGGUGCCACCAAGUUGUUACAUGAAAUCUGCAGUUUCAUAAUUUCCGCGGGUCGGGCCGACCGGCCAGGCACCGGGCACAGCGAUGGCCACCACCGGGGCCCUGGGCAACUACUACGUGGACUCGUUCCUGCUGGGCGCCGAGGCCGCGGACGAGCUGGGUGCGGGCCGCUACGCGCCGGGGGCCCUGGGUCAGCCUCCCCGGCAGGCCACCGCGCUGGCGGAACACCCCGACUUCAGCCCGUGCAGCUUCCAGUCCAAGGCGGCGAUGUUCGGCGCCUCGUGGAACUCGGUGCACGCGGCGGGCGCCAACGCGGUGCCCGCCGCGGUGUAUCACCACCAUCACCACCCUUACGUGCACCCCCAGGCGCCCGUGGCGGCGGCGGCCCCGGACGGCAGGUACAUGCGCUCCUGGCUGGAGCCCACGCCCGGCGCGCUCUCCUUCGCGGGCUUGCCCUCCAGCCGGCCUUACGGCAUUAAACCUGAACCACUGUCCGCCAGAAGGGGUGACUGUCCCACGCUUGACACUCACACUUUGUCCCUGACUGACUAUGCUUGUGGUUCUCCUCCAGUUGAUAGAGAAAAACAGCCCAGUGAAGGCGCCUUCUCCGAAAACAAUGCUGAGAAUGAGAGCGGCGGAGACAAGCCCCCCAUCGAUCCCAGCAACCCGGCAGCCAACUGGCUCCACGCGCGCUCCACGAGGAAGAAGCGCUGCCCCUACACCAAGCAUCAAACCCUGGAGCUGGAGAAGGAGUUUCUGUUCAACAUGUACCUCACCAGGGACCGCAGGUACGAGGUGGCCCGGUUGCUCAACCUCACCGAGCGGCAGGUCAAGAUCUGGUUCCAGAACCGCAGGAUGAAAAUGAAGAAAAUCAACAAGGACCGGGCAAAAGAUGAGUGAUUCAACUGAGUUCAUUUAGAAAAGAGAGAGCGAGCUAGGGAGAAAGAGAAAGGACUGCCUGAUCCCUCUCCCGCCCCUAUUCGACCCCAGCGUCCACCACCCCAACCAUCCCGCACAAAGCGGCUCUAAACUCCAGGCCUCAUCUCCCCCUGGCAAGCCCGGCUAAGGCUGGCUUCCCCCCGCCCCCCAGCCUGCCGCUUUGAUGGAGGAGGUAUUGUAAGCUUUCCAUUUUCUAUAAGACGGAAACAAACAAAAAAAUGGUGUGGGGGGGGGACAUUUUCGCUGAUGCCUGUGUGUGCUAGCUUGUAUAUAUUUUUUAGAAAAAAUCUACCUGUUCCUGACUUCAAAGAAACAAACAACAACAACAACAACAAAAAAAAAUACUACCUUUUUAUAAUGCACAACUGUUGAUGGCGGGCUGUAUAGUUUUUAGUCUGUGUAGUUAAUUUAAUUUGCUCUUUGUGCGGCAGAGCGAUCUGCCCAGAUACUUGAACACUGUGUUUUAUUGUGGUAAUUAUGUUUUGUGACUCAAACUUCUGUGCUGGGUGAUGCACCCGUUGUGAUUGUGAGCGCUUAGAAUUCAAUUUCAACUCAGGUUGUUGCUAGGGGAGAAAAAUAGUUGCGUAGAGUAUAGCUCUGUAUGGAACAUGUCUUCUGUAUGCCUAGGCUGUUCACCUUGGAUUGUAAACGAGCUGUAAGGAUUUCCCAGUGAAAUAAAAUUUUAAAAGAAAGAAAGUGUUCUCCAGGAUGCAUAAAUUCAUGGUUUCCUCCUCUUUGGAAAUGUGGGCAUUUUCGUCUCUACCCGUUCUAUAAACCUGUCUUGUUCAUUGUAUAUAUAAUCCAUAUAUUAAAGAAAAAAGUAAUCAGACAAGCUUGAAUAUUGUUUUUGCACCGGAUGAACAUUGAGGAAAUUUGGAGCUAUACAUAUGUGCAGAAGGUUACUACCUAUGGUUUACAUUUAAUUUUAAUCGGGGGAAAAAUGAAUGCUUAUUGUAAUGGAGUUAAUUUUAUUGAUAAUAAAUUAUACACUAUGAAACCGCCACUGGGCUACUGUAGAUUUGUAUCCUUGAUGAAUCUGGGGUUUCCAUCCGGCUGGACAUACACUGUAUAUUUUGCAAUAGUUACCUCAAGGCCUACUGACCAAAUGUUGUGUUGAGAUGAUAUUUAACUUUUUGGCAAAUAAAAUAUAUUGAUUCUUUUCUA